UUUAAAUAAAAAUACUGCUAUAGCUGAAAUUUCUGUUUUUUAAAAUAUAUUUUUUAUAUAUAUUAUAUUCUCUUUCAUAGAGGUUCGUUAUUGUCUAUUAUUGUAAAUUUAAGUUGUGUUUUUUUUCCUGCCCGAGUUGCAGUGAAGCUUUUCCUUUUCUUGCAUCCGAAAUAAACAGGAAAUCAUCCGGAGUGAGCGGAACAACUGUGUUGCGUUUCCCAUCGGACUGUUUUCAUAGUCGUACCGGUGCACCUUGAACUUGUCGGAGUGGAUUUCUCUCAGUUUUCUCGCACUUUAGCUCCAUAAAUUAUUUUUUUUUACGAUGUCCAACUUUCCGCAGUUACUCCGAGCCGCGCCUACACCCUUCAGGCGGCUCUCUUGCGGCAGAGGCGCAAAAGGGAGCUCCGGUUUGACUGUUAGUGGAAACUUUUUGCGCCUGCGCUCCUCAGCUGCGCUGUCAUCCAGCCCGGAGCACCGAAACAGACCGGGAACCCGGGGAUACGCGAGUUCCAGCCACAGGGAGCCGGUACGGAUCGGCUGUGCCUCCGGGUUCUGGGGGGACACGGCCACUGCAGUCCCUCAGCUGAUCUACAGUGGGAAGCUGGACUUCCUGGUGUUUGACUACCUCAGUGAGAUCACCAUGUCUCUGCUCACCGCUGCCAAAACCAAGAUGCCUAACCUCGGUUACACUCCAGACUUCGUCCAGGUUGCUCUGGCUCCCUUCAUCAACGACAUCCACAGGAAAGGUAUCCGCGUGGUCAGUAAUGCGGGCGGCGUGAACCCUCUGGCCUGCGCAGAAGCCAUACAGGAAGUAACCAAGAAGGCCGGUCUCGAACUCAAGGUCGCCGUGGUGACCGGUGAUGACCUCAUGCCUCACAGGAGCAGCCUGUCUGACGUAAAGAUGGCGGAUGGCAGUGGCAGACAGCAGCUGCCUAAAACGCUGCACAGCAUGAACGCCUACCUUGGGGCUGUCCCUAUCCGCCGCUGCCUGGACCUUGGAGCGGACAUCGUGGUGACGGGACGUUGCGUGGACAGCGCCGUGGCCCUGGGGCCGCUCAUGCACGCCUUUGGAUGGGAGAGAAACGACUACGACCUGCUGGCAGCCGGAAGUCUUGCGGGUCACCUGAUCGAGUGCGGCGCUCAGAGCACAGGAGGCAUCUUCACAGACUGGCAUAAAGUCCCCGAUUGGGACAACAUGGGUUUCCCGGUGGUCGAAUGUUCCAGCGACGGCUCCUUCGUUCUCUCCAAACCGCCCAAAACUGGCGGCCUCGUUUCCUUUGGUACUGUCGCCGAGCAACUGGUGUAUGAGAUCGGAGACCCACGGCGAUACCUGCUGCCUGACAUCAUCUGCGACUUCAGCCAGGUGGUGAUCCAGGAGGUACCAGGUGAUGAGGGGGGAGCUGUCAGAGUAACCGGGGCGAAGGGCUUUGCCCCGUCACAUGACUACAAGGUUUGUGCAACUUACAUGGACGGCUUCAGGGCGACCGCCGUGUGUCCGGUCACCGGGCCGAGAGCAGCGAAGAAGGCCAGAAGAACGGCAGAGAGCAUCAUCAAACGGACAAAGAGGAUGUUUAAACAGUUGGGACUGGAAGAUUUCAGCUCCGUUAACAUCCAGGUUCUUGGAGCUGAAGACACGUAUGGUGCCAACGCUCGUUAUAAGGACUCCCGGGAGGCUGUGAUCUGGUUGGCCGUCCACCACAAACAGAAAAAAGCUCUGGAGCUUUUCUCCAGAGAAGUGGCCCCUGCGGGGACGGGCAUGGCUCCUGGACUCACUGGCAUCGUGGGUGGACGACCCAGAGUGUCUCCUGUCCUAAAGCCAUUUUUCUUCUUGCAUCCCAAAUCUCAGCUGAAGGUGGAGAUUCACAUCGGUGGAGAGCUGGUGGAGUCUCUGUCAGAGGAGGAACCAGACACACCUGUGCAGGAUGAAGCCCCUCCCACCUCAGUAGAAGAUGUACCUGAUGCAGACCUGCCCAGUGGACCACACAGCUACAGACUGGAGGAGCUGGCGUACACGAGGAGCGGCGACAAAGGAGACUCUGCUAACAUUGGAGUCGUAGCUCGCCAUCCGCUCUACUUCCCCUAUCUGAAGAAACACCUGACUUCUUCUGUGGUGGAGGAAUACUUCUCCCACCUCAUCAAGCCAGGAGUGAAGAAUGCCGUCACACGAUACACUCUGCCAGGAAUCCACGGCCUUAACUUUGUCCUGCAGAGCUCGCUGGGAGGUGGAGGAGUGGCCUCUCUGCGCAGUGACCCCCAGGGCAAAGCCUACGGUCAGAUGCUGCUGGACUUGAAGCUGAGAGGACUGCCUGACCUCAAGUCUCUGGUGGACUGAGAGUCAAACAGAGGGAGAGAGAAAGAGCUGGAGGCAAACCGAGAUGUAAAAGAGAGUUCACGAGGAACGUGAGACUUUUUACCUGAAGAGAAACACAAAGGGAGCAUUUAUAGAUCCAGAUCACGUCCACAUCUGAAACCUGAAGAGCAUAAGGUCAUUUUAUACAUAAAUUAGAUUUAGGUCUUCACAAUGUUUACAACAUGUGGGUCACCACAACUCAAAUCAUCAUGGGCCAUCUGCUCAGCCAUCUCUAAUUGGCCUAAAAAUUUUACAGUUCCAAGUUUGGGGAUAUAAAAUGAUUGCUGUGACAGUUGUAGUUUCAUAUACCAAGUAUUUUUUUUAAAUACUCCACUGAUCAUCUUCCAGCAUUUUUUCUCACACUUUGAAAUCUGAGGCAAUGUGUGAAUGUGAAUGACUCAAAAACCAUGAAAUGUAAAAGCCUUUCUUACCAUAAAAAGAAUCAGGAUCUGUAAUUUAUAUACAUGCAUUUGAUGAUUUGAGAUUCGACAACCCGCAUGAGAUCUGGCACAGAUUUAGAUCGUCUGAAGGAAACAUCCAGAGCACCCCGUAAAAACAGCUGGACACACGUCCAUAAAAUUUAAGCCAAACAAGUUUACACAGGGCCUUAAUCCUCUGAAGUCCAAGUCAUCAUUGGUGAUGAUUGUAACCCUGUGCAGUCAGAAUGAAUAAUGUUGAAAUUCAAAUAGAACAUUGACAUUUUUCCCUCGUGUCUUGAAAAAGUGUUUCCUUUUUCCAAAUACAAUCUCAUGGUUGGGAUCAUCACCAGUGAUGGCUUACGCCUCACGCAGAUUAACUGGUAGCUAACGGUUACUAAAUGCUAACAUUUAAAGACUGCCAUGUUGUUGUUUUUGGUUUUUGGGUUUGGGUGAAGUUUUUGGUUUUGGGUCAAUAUUGGUAGUGAAGUGUUACCGCAAGCAAGUUUACCGAGCACUCUUCAUCCAUAGGCUGUACAGAGAACACAUAACCUGUUAAUUAAUGCUAAAAGGCUAAUGAAAUAUUCAAAUUUCAUUCACCACAACUAAACAACAGACUUGUUAGCCAAUAUGGACAAUUAACUGCACAGCAGCCAUAUACAGUCAACACAGUCCUGAGUCAACACAGUUCAUUUAAAUAUUUAUUUAUUUUAUUAAAAAAAAAGUCACCCCUGCUCAGUUGCUAUGAGCUAAACUGGGGUUUCAGUUAGAGGAAUUACAUUUUUGAGUCGUAACGACUGAUAAUACUGACCUGUUAAAUUGAGGCCCACUUGUAUGUCAGUUCUUAGAGCAUUAGAUUUGCAAUUUGCGAACGCGUUAAUGAGCUAACCACACUAAUGUGUUGACGCCGUGCAGCCCCACGCACGGGGCGAUCCGUGCUAGCUCGCUAACGGAGAUUUGCCGCAUUAAUGCAGUUAUGGCGUUAACGUCAUUUUAACGAGAAUAACGCUGACAGCACUAAUUUUGAAUCUCAAGUUCAAAGAGGAAAACCCAACAAAACGGAGUGGAAUCACCUGGAGGGCAGCUAAACUGCCAACAAUUCUUUUUUUUCUUGCGUUUCACUUUGAUGCAAAUGUGUGGGUCAAACGUUGUGAAAGCGUCAUCACGCUGUAUUGGACUUGAUUUGAACCCAGUGACUGAUAUAGUGAAACGGUAGAGGUUUCUCACCCCAGACCCACAGAUGUUGGCAAUACAGGAAAAUGUUUGGAGGCCGAUUGUUCGCAUCAGCCUCAUAAUCUUGACUUGCCCUGACCUCUGACCUCCCAGGGAACAAGGAGAGCUGGUUUGGGUUUCCCUCGCAGGGUAAACAAAGUCUUUUCUGUGAGCUAUCAGAGGAGACACUCGACGGGCACGACGCCUGGUUCUCCCCGUCUCAUUCACCUUGGCGUGACCCGGCUCCUCCGAUGUUCGCCGCCCCGCAGGAAUGCAUGUCUCCUUCCACCAAACUGACUCUCUGCCUUCCAGCCGGUUUAGUCAUAAUUGCAAACAGACUGAAUUUGGAGUCGGAGUCACUCAGCAGCUUCCGUCGGGGCUCGAAUCUCAUAAAAUCCUCCACCUCUGAAUCAUAUCCCCCUUUCCACAAAAUCUUCAUACUCACAUUUCUUUGUCAAGUGACUUCUUUUUUUUUUUCUUUUUUUUUUGGUUUUCCAGGGAAAUUCUGCAGCCCCUGUUCCCUGAACUUUGACCUCUUUUUUUAGAGAGCUUGAGUUUACAGUCAGAAAUGUAAAACAAAUCAAAGUAUUUUCAUGACUGAAUGAUCGCAAACACAGAGAAGGAGCCACAUUAGAGAGCCUGCCUAAAACAAUAAAUAAACAGUUGUCCUGUAAACGGGCAUUCAAAGGGUUUGGGGCACAAUAAAACCAUAAAAAAUGACAGCAAGACAAAUCCUUCCAGACAUGAAUUGAAAGCAAAGCAGCACGAGGAUAAAUUGUGCCAAAGUCACACGGGAAAAGUUCAAAUCAAUCAGCCGUUCUUCAGGAUUUAAGGGACGACUGAGCGUCGUGUCAAAGUCAGAGCUUGAAAUGGCGCUUCCCAUAAAACCCCCAAACCGAAAGAAGUUACAAGCCGCAAGUGUCGCCACUUUGCAUGUAAAUCUGGAAAUGUGCUCACAUCUCAAUGAUGAAGGGAGCAAGACUCUGGAUUCACAUCUGCCCUCCACAUUGCUUCCCAUGAAACAUUUGUCGUAACCGUGUGGAGAAACCCUUCAUCAUUGUAGAACAACACCACCUCCCCAAAACACAUGGACUCUAAGAUUUAUGAGCAUGCACAGAAAAGAUUUCCAAACAAUCGAUGCUCAUUUUCUGGCAUGUUUACUCAAUUUGCACGCUUUUAUGUCAAUAUAGACUUCCUCAGCUAGUUUUUGGUUCAAACCUGGAGCGACUGAUGGAAAGCCUCUUCAACCUCCUGACUUCACCUGGUCAUUUUCAGUAGUGGUAUGUGCCACCCUAACCAACUCGGAUAGAUUGACAGUAAGACUGUUUUGAGUCCAGAUUAUUUUAAUAAUUUAACUAUAUCACUGCUUGUUCAUUUAUCAAAAAUGAAGGUUCUGUGAUGGUGUCCUUUAAAAUAAGGGCUACAUUUUUGCUUCAAGGUUUAAUUUGGGCAUCUAUAGAAACAUCUUGAAGUUUAACUAUGAAGACUUUUUCCCAACAUAUUUGAUAUUUCUUUGCUAAUCAAGGGAUUGUAGCAUAACUUAAGAGAACCAAAAAUGUAAUAAAUAACAAUAAUAAAUAACAAUGGUCUCUGGAGAGUAAAGGCCCCUGUUCAUUUAGACAGCUGUUGUUAUCUGUGCCAUAUUUCAUAUUUAGCUAUCCAGUCGUUUUAGAGUGCCAGUCGAAACACAUACGUCCAAUAAUUGAGCCUUGUGGAACACCAGAGGCCUUUUUUCUUUAUUUCAGCAGGUUUACAUCAACCUAAAGAAACAGAAGCAGCCUCCGACUUUUUAAAGUCUGAAAAAAAAACCCAGUUAAAGUUGGUGGGUGAUCUUUGUGAUUUGAUGUUUGUCUAUGAAUUAGCUUUUUAACAUAAACUCCGAUGGUAGCUUUUUUCUUAUUAACAGUUUUUCUCUGUAUUAUUAUAUUUGAACCACUGCCUCUCACCACUGAUUUUUUCUUACUUUCUCUCUUUCUGGUACAAAUUACCAGCAUUGCCUUAUUCGUAAUGGAUGCACUUUAGUCAAACUGAUAUCAUAAAGCCUUACUGAGGAACCAUGUGUGCUGUUAUACAACUACAUAGAUUUCAUCAAAAUCACGUAACUUUUUCAUUAAAUAUCCAACUUAUAGGGCACACUGUUGCUUUUUGUCCAUUUUAGAAACAUUUCUUUAAACUUGAAACUUACCAGUACUUUGAAAUGAUGAAACUCUUGUAAUUAAAGAUCUGAAAUAGGCUGAAGAUUAUAAGCAGUAUGUUAAGACUUAUUUACAUUUUUCGAUGAAGAUGUUUAACUCUUUGGCUUUCUGCUUUCUAUUUAAAAUAUUCUGUAUAGAAGUGAUUUUUGUAGAUACUAAAGAGAUUAAAGAUAUUUUUAUUAUCAAA